UUGAAAAAUUGACUUUGCUAAAACAAAAUUUAUAUUUACACAAUUUUGUUUGAAAUAUUGUUGGUCGAUUAAAUAUUACAGUAGUUUUUCAUACAUGACCGUGUUUGGGUUUAAAUAAUCCGGUUAAAUUCGUUGAAACUAUUAAAAAUUUGUGUAGAAUAAGACGAUUUACACCAUGGAUGUGAUCACAGCUGUGAAACUGUAUAUUGAGAAAAUGACGAGUGAGUCAGGUCCUGGCAUGAAAAUUCUUCUCAUGGACAAAGAUACGACAAGUAUUGUAUCAAUGGCAUUCAGUCAAUCCGAUAUGCUGCAAAAAGAAGUAUAUUUAUUCGAACGAAUCGACACAGCCAAAUCGAAUGAACGCAUGAAACAUUUAAAAUGUUUGGUCUUUAUUCGUCCCACAAAAAACAAUAUUGCAUUUUUGUGUCAUGAGCUGCGAAACCCACGAUUUGGAUCCUAUUACAUAUAUUUUAGCAAUAUUGUACCACGAGCAGAUAUAAAACUUUUGGCCGAAAGUGAUGAGAGUGAAUCGGUUCGUGAAGUAAAAGAAGUCUAUGCUGACUACUUGGGAGUGAAUGCGAAUUUAUUUUCAUUCAAUCUAUCGAAUUGUAUACGUGGUCAAAAUUGGGACCGCGAUGCUUUGCAUCGGUCAAUGGACAGUUUAACGGCAUUAUUACUUUCGCUGAAAUUAAAGCCAAAUAUUCGUUACAGUGGUGGAAGUAAAGCAGCCCAUCAAUUAGCAAAAGAAUGCUACGAUAAGAUUUUGAAAGAAAAUACUUUAUUUGAUUUUCGAGCACAAGAAAGCGGGGCACCACCGCCUUUACUUUUAAUUUUGGAUCGAAAAGAUGAUCCGGUCACGCCGUUGUUGAAUCAAUGGACUUAUCAGGCGAUGGUUCAUGAAUUACUAACGAUAAACAAUAAUCGGGUUGAUUUGACUGGCAUCGACGGUGCUCCAAAGGAUAUGAAAGAAGUUGUACUGUCAACAGAACAAGAUGAAUUUUUUGCAAAUAAUAUCUACUCAAAUUUCGGUGAGAUUGGACAAACAAUCAAAACAUUGAUGGAUGAAUAUCAGGUGAAAACAAAGAGUCAAAAGAAAGUCGAAAGUAUUGCUGACAUGAAACACUUUGUCGAAACUUAUCCACAGUUUAAGAAAAUGUCGGGAACAAUAACAAAACAUGUCGUUGUAAUUGGUGAGCUGUCGAAUCAAGUGGCAAAGCAACAAUUACUUGAAGUUUCUGAAUUGGAACAAGAGAUAUCAUGCAGAGCCGACCAUUCAGCGCAAUUGCAACGGGUCAAGAAAUUGGUAGCCGAUGAACGGAUUUCGUUGAAAAAUGCACUGCGAUUGGUAUUAUUGUAUGCACUGCGCUAUGAACGUCAUGCCAACUGUGACACAGUUGGUCUUUUGAAUACGCUAAAACAGAGAGGCGGUGAUGUUCAUGUGGUACCACGAAUGCUUGAGUAUGCUGGCCAACAUGCAAGGCAUGGUGAUCUUUUUAACAAUGUUAAAAUCAUGGAUGCCGUCAAACUAACAAGGAGUUUAAUUAAGGGACUGAAAGGAGUUGAAAAUGUGUAUACUCAACAUUCCUGUUUAUUAAAAGAGAUUUUGGAAGACGUUUUCAAGGGUCGACCACUUGAUCCAAUGUAUCCCUGUAUUGGAUCGGAACUUUCGUUCAGAAGACCACCGCAACAGGUGAUUGUUUUCAUUGUUGGAGGUGCCACUUAUGAAGAGGCGUUGGCUGUUCAUGCCAUGAAUCUAUCGGGAUAUAAAUGCAUAUUGGGUGGUACAACAAUUCAUAGCUCAGACACAUUCAUCAAAGAAGUAUUAACAGCCACAUCUGGACAACCAAUGAAACAUUCACGAUCACUUCAACAAUUCCAUAAUGCAGACAUUUAAAUCUAUUUUAUGUGAUUCAUUCAAAAGUCUGACGCACCAAAAAUUGAUUCACAAUUUUUCGAUAAAAAUCACAGCAAUUGAUUUUUUCGAAUGCAAAUAGACUUGAGAAUAACCAAAAUAAUCUAAUUUAUGCGUAUAUAUAUCGUUUGUUUAUUUAAAAUAAAUC